CGAAAUCUGCCUGUUUAAGCUUUCUUGUGUGAAAGAUUCGUUCUAAUUUCUGGACGAAUACUUUAAGCAUAGAGGAUGUAAUAGUAUGUAAUAGUAUUAUUACAUGUUGUUUUGUACAUAUACAGAAACCACGCAGAUUUAAAAUACGGUGAUUUCUAUGUACUUUUAAGAAAAUAUUUGGACGAAAAUAACUCAUUAAGGUCUAUAAAACAUAAGAAUGACAUUGGAUUACAGUAAAAGGAAUUUGUGCUUCUUUUUUUAUUUGUUUAUGCAAGGUACAAUAGUGACGUGUGCAGACAUCAAUUAUUUGAAUAACACAAUCAGGAAUUACUUCGCAGACACACGGCAUCAUGAGCCUCAGUUUAGGGAUUACAAGGCCAGGUCAAAAGAAUUCAUCUUCAAUGAAUUUAAAAAAUUUGGCCUCGACACCGAGUAUCACUAUUUCAACGAUUCAACAUAUUUUGGAGAUACAAUAUUCACCAACGUAAUAGGUGUUCUAAAAGGCGCUAAUUUUGGAAAGGAAAGUGACAAAGUACUUGGACUUCUUGCGCAUUAUGACACUGUGUCGACUACAAAAGGGGUAGAUGAUAACGGAGCUGGCGUAGCAGCACUUCUUGAAGUUGCUAGACAAUUGCAUCAGCAGAAAUCAAAAAGGGAACAUACAGUGAUAUUUAUCUCUCCAGAUUUAGAAGAAUAUGGAUUAACGGGCAGCUACAAUUUCAUUGAAGACUGGUUACCAGCGUGGUCGAAUAAACAUUAUGGGGCGCCCUAUGCUCUGUUAAAUACAACACAGGGAUGCAUUGUUUUAGAUACAAUGAUGGAGUAUAACAACUCUGAUAACUCGCAACUUGUACCACAAGAGGCUGUUGCCGCGUUUCAGCAAUAUUUUCCCGGUACAAUGCAAAGCAUAGCAUCAGAUGGCUUCGAGGGAGAUUUCUUGACCUUAAUAUACCGUAAAACUCCAGAUUCCGCACUUGCUGAAAAUUUCAAACAGUCGUGGGAGGCACAGGGACGGCAGGAAUUCGAAAUUGAAUUGGUUGCGCUUCCAGUUGAAGAGGGAUUGCCAUCUGGAAUAAACCGCCAACUGUUUGGACAUUUCCUGAGAAGUGAUCACACUAAUUUUUGGAGAGACAAUAUUCCUGCGAUAUUUAUUACUGAUUCAGCUGAAUUCCGCGGGGAUAUGAUACAUUGUUAUCAUAAUCACUGUGAUAACAUAGAAGUGAUGUUAACAGACGACAAUUUACGAUUUCUCGCAAAAACAGCGGAUUCUUUGGCAAGAACAGUCAAUGAUCUGGCAGAAGACUUAGAGACAAGCGGGAAUGGAUCGAGUAGCCCAUGCAUAGUAACUACUGCUGUAUCUAUCAUAUUUUUUGUAAUAUUCUUCCAGUUGUAAUAUGGAACAUGAAUAACGUAUUAGAGGGUUUUGUUUCGAGAGUUGUUUUCUUUAUUUUUUAAAUGUGUACAAACGUUUAGAUUGUUCAUAUGCUUAUUAGUAUUUAACGAUUUAAAGCAACACAUAAAAUAACCGCAUUCGUUAGUCUUUUGUAUCAGCCAUUGCUUGAUGCGCAUGUUAUUCAGCUCAUCUGUGUGGUUAAAUCAAAUUUUAGAAGUACCUCCGGUGAAAAUACAACAUGUAUCAUGCAUACAGUGAACACAAAAUAGACUUAGUGUAGAUUAUCAGAUGUUAAAAUUUCAAACAAAUUCAGUACAUCAGAUAUUAAAAUAAACUUGAUAGAGGAGUGGCUUAAAUGCGUAUAUCGAUUGAAUACGUAAAUAUUCGGGUCUUUUGAACAUAAGCUGUGUGAAAAAAGCCGUUAUUUUUAUGAAAAAUGUAUCUUGUGACUUGAGAAAAGGGCAAGCCAAUUCGCAUAAUAAAGUUUGUACACAAGAAAUUUUGAAAACAUUUUCACAACAUAUUAAUUGAGAUAAUUUCAAUACAGAAAAAGUGUUAAUCACUCCAUUAAUUGGAAUAAUAUUUGGAGCAACCUAUAUAUAUAUAUGAUAUAUAUAUAUAUAUAAAGGGAAACAACUCGUAGAUAACAUUGAUCCUUUGUGUUGACAGACUUAUCUUGCACACUUUCUAGUCAAACGGACAUAAUGACCAGAUUUUUCAAAGUUAACCGUUUCGCUUUCGCUAAAACGUCAGGCCAGGGGAUGAUUAAAAAUAGUUAUGUGUGACAGUCGUUAAUAUCCAAAUGUGCCUUAUGAAUUAUUAUGUUCUGAAACCUUUAAAUACGAGUUUCUUUAAAGAUAACAUGUCUAGAUCUGAUUUUAUAUAUAUGUUUCACACGUAAAAUAAAUAUUUAUGCAUGUUCAUUUGUUGUAAUGUUUUAUAAUUAAUUUAUAGUUUUAUUGAAAAUAAACAAACAUACAAUUUAAUUUAAUAGAUCUGAGUAAAACAAAAGAAUUUAUGUUACAUUUAUAUGAGUAAAAAUCAUUUUAGCAGCUGUAUUUCUUAUGUAGUUGUCUUUAUCCUUAUCUAUUUGAAUGUCUAAAUAGUACUAUGCGUUAAUGAUUACUUGAAAAUUACACCUAAUGUUUUGAAUUCUAAAAAAUGAAAAUUGUGCAUAGGUCUACUUUUUAUACGCGCGUCUGAAGAAGGGACGUAUUAUGGGAACGCACUUAGCGGGAGGGCAACUGCCACAAACUUUAUCCUGAGCAUUUCUUUUUCAUGUAUAAAGGGAUUUUAAAGUAACUUGUCACAAAUGUUCAACAUCAUAAUUUUGGGUGUCAUGCACAAAAACAGGUCCCUAUAUCUAAGGUCAAGGUCACACUUAAAGGUCAAAGGUUAUAUACACGAAUGCAAACUUUGUCUUUUCCUUCAUGCAUGGUGUGAUUUUAAUGUAUCUUAGCACAAUUGUUCACCAUCAUGAGACUGAGUGUCGUGCGCAAGAACCAGGUCCCUUCCCUAGAUCAAAGUGAAGGUCACACUUAGAGGCAAAAGGGUAUAUACAAGAAUGACUUUUCCGGAGCAUUUCAUCUUCAUGCAUUGAGGGUUUUAGAUGUAUCUCGGCCAAAUGUUUACCAUCAUAAGACGUAGUAUCAUGCACAAGAAGCAGGUCCCUAGGUCUAAGGUCAAGGUCACACUUAGAGGUCAAAGGUCAGGUACAAGAACGCCAACUUUGUCCGGAGCAUUUCUUCUUCAUACAUGAAGGGAAUUUAAUGUAACUUGGCAUAAUUGUUCACCAUCAUGAAACGGAGUGUCAUGCACAAGAACCAUGUCCCUAGGUCUAAGGUCAAGGUCACACUGAGAGGUCAAAUGUCAGAUAUACUUGACGGGCGUAUUUUGUGAACUAUUUAGCGUGUAUCUUGCUAUGGCUUUAAUUCCUUAAAACAGAAAUUGUGCAUAAGUUUAUUUUUUAUUGUUUAUUUAGAACUUUUAGCUUUUAUCUUGUUGAAUACAGAUAACAUCUAAUUUACCUUUGAAUACAAGUAGAUCUAUUACCUGGUUGUACCAAGAUUGCAACCGUAUAAGUUAUCAUAAAAGCACCAAACUUUGUUCUUAUUGCACGUUAUACUUAUUAUGGAAAUUUACUUUGACAUUGGGCAAUAAAGUUUAUUAGAAAACAAUCAA